UUAUUUCGAUCGUCCAACGAAUCCAUUGAUAAUAUAAUUUUCUUCCCUUAAUUCCAUUGGUUAAAUAGUUCAGUCAAUAAAAUGACUAAACCCAUAAUUGGACCCAAAAGUUAUUUCAAAGUGAUUAGAGAGAUAUUUCUUUUUUCAGAAUAUUGGGUAAUUGCAUACGUUUCGAAAUUAAAGUCAUGUUGAAACCAUUAGCUUCUUCUCCGAUGUAACUGCUGGCCUUGUUUAAAUGUUGUUGCAGCUCCUUGUUUUAUGCAUUUCUAGUAAAUCAAUGGUUCUAUCCUUUCUCCACCUUGGCACUUAAAAUUGAUUUGUAUUAGCACCACUGAAAAUUUAGACGUUGCUGGAUAAGUUUGCAGUGUAACAAUUAUGUUCGCGAAGAUUUCGUCUUCGGAGAUUAUCUGACUGUUGUUGACAACAGAAAUACUGAUGAUGGAACUCACCGUCCCAAAGAUUUUAAUCUGCCUCUGUCUCGGUAUUUACAAAGGUGUGAAAGCUUUUACAACUGCUUCAAACAGUAUUUUUACUGAAAGGGCUUUCUUCGGCAAAGAAGCAAUUACAGAUUACACAAUUAACCUCUCAAACAGUACGUGGUUGGAAGCGGAGGGUACAUGCUUUUCGUGGAAUCAAACUCUGAUGGGCCGGGGCCUGGAAGACUAUUACUCUUACAUAAGGAUCCUAGCUCAUCGACAAACUACAUGGCCUAAUAACACCCAUGUUUGGUUAAACAGGGUAAGAAAGGCCAACUCCACCCUAUGGUUAAAUGACAUGGAGUGUGGGACCAAUGGGUCUAUACCUUGGCCAGUACAUGGGGAUAACAUCAGUACCACCCAGUGCCUUGCACUUAACAUGACAUCUUCCACAGAUCUGGAAUAUAUUUUGUUUGCUGCUCCUUGUGACAAGAAAAUGGGUUUUGUCUGUGAAUCGUUCCAGGGAUUUUACUUUGGUUCCUUAGGAUAUAACAUCUUUCAUGCGUUUUACGUUAUUGAACCUUUAAACCAACCACGGUUGUACCCAGACUUCACACAUGACGAUUGUUUACACUUCUUGUUCAGCAAUUUCACAUGUUAUGCUGCGGAGUAUGAUGAGGAAAUCCUGAAAUGCACAUUAUUCUGUGCAUCUUUGUUGUCACCUCCAGAGAACAUUCAGCUGAAUACCACGCAAGCAAAUAUUUCAACGGCUGUAAAAUCCUCGUCACGUCUAACAAUAUCAAAUUCUACAAAUUUUUUGAUGGGAAAAUAUCCGUCUUGUGAGUCUAUUACAACAAGUACAGUCACUUCCCUGGGCGUGACUAGCAUAAGUCAAUCAAACACAGACUCCUCCUCCACAGAAAUAUCUGGGGAAACUGUAGUGACUGAAACUGUGGUAAGGACUUCUACAUUUUCAACUUUUGUGGAGACUACUAGCGAACUGGAUACGUUCUCUACAGAAAGAGUCUCCAGCAGGUCGACUGAAUCAAGCUUACUUCAUUCAGAAACUUCCACUUCAUCGGCGUCAGAUGGACUGGGAGAUUCUAGCUCGGUAUCGACUUUGGAGUAUGAUACUAUACAAGCAAAUACAAUCACGCCUACAUUGGAGUAUAGUACAACUCAAGCAGACACAACCACAUCUACAUUUGAGUAUAGAACUACACAAGCAGACACAACCCCGCCUACAUUGGAGUAUAGUACUACACAAGCAGAUACAACCCCGCCUACAUUGGCGUUUAGAACUACACAAGCAGAUACAACCACCACAUCCACCUUGGGAUAUCCUACUAGUGCAACAGAAACAACAACCCCUACUUUAGCACCAACUACACAUUCUACGCCUAAGGAGGUAUUUUCUACAUAUGAAAGUACAACUGGUACGAAUACUUUAGAACAUUCAACCAGAAUGUCCUCUUGGACUGAUACUAGAUCUUCAACUGCUACCACGGAAGGGACUGUUUCAUCUGUCAGUCCUCAACUUGUGACGUCUCCAUUUACGUCAACGUCAAUUACCUGCAGUCCAUGUGUGUGCAAUAAUGACACUACAGCCAAUAAAACACAGGAACAAAUCCAAGAAGAGAUUGCUCAAAUCAAGAAAAAUCUUACUUUAGAAAAGUCGACACUCUCUUCUUAUACUCGGCAGAAAAUUUCUGCUCCUGAUAAACGCUGGUCGUCUGCUGCCCUUGGUUCAGUGGGAAUUGUAAUUUUAGUUUUUGCAGGCUCUGUUGUGGUACUAAGUGAUACUCAGCACUUCUUAAGGGCAAUAAGGGUGUGGAGGAAAAGACUUUCAAAAUAUAGAUUUUCAAAGAAUCCAAAACCUUGAUGUCUUCUGUUGGAUUUUCAAUGCCUUUUGAUGUUGAGCGGAAAUAAAUUUUUUGGUACGCGUUAGGAGAUCUAUUCAAGUAAAUAAAUCAGUUACUGAAGUUUACCCAAGAGUUACUACAAACUGAACAGCAUAUUUAUGUUCUACAACAAUUUAACUGUUUAAUUUAAAAUGUAUAACAUCUUAUUCUGUCUUACGUUUCAUUUGUUUGUUUCUUUCUAGUUGUUUUAAUAUUUUUUACCUUCAUAUCUAUUUUAAUCAUAUUCAAAAGACAUAUUCCUGAAAUACGUGUUCAAAAUGUCACAUAGGUAAAGAUGUACAUUACAUACCUAGUGACUGAAAAUGUUGUAACGACUUCUACAUUUACAACUCUUUUGGAAACUACUUGCGAAAUGAAUAGGUUCACUAGGAGUCUCAUGACUGUGUAGACGAACGUAUUCUUAAUAUUUUUUGUAUAAUAUUCCGUAGCAUCAAAAAGUACUUGUGUGCUUUUUCCAUGACAGGAAAGAGAGAUACAUGUACCAAUGAAACUUGCAACAGUUGCAAAGUACAGUGCAGCAAAAGAACAUAAGUUUACAUAAACUCCAAUGAAAUGUAUUUUGUAAAACAAUGGUAAUAUAGGAUAUCCCAGCAUGAACAAUCAAUUUCAUAACAUGCCUAUUACAAUGACAAUAAAGCAGACAGGUGUAAUGAAUGCGAAGGGAAAUAUUUAUCCCUUUGCUGAUAUCGAAGAUAGAAAACCUAAUAUGUAGAACCUUAUUUAUGACUUGCAUUCAGCUUUGGACUUUAAUUUCAACAAAGGAACGAAUGCAGUAAAUAUUGGUCAUUUUCUUACUAAGAGGGGCAAAUAUUUUGUAAUGAUAUCCCAAAAUUAUGUUCACAUACGUACAAGAUUAGA